CGCCAGUGUGUGCGUGAGCGUGUGCGUGCGUCCGUGCGCGUUGGCAAUGUAUUUGUUAGCCUUGCCGUUUUGCCCUUUGGUGUGCCUGCUAUGCUUGUGUUUGGGAUUUGGCAAUUUGACGUACGGACUUGGUGAACAAUAUGAGCGUGGCAUAAGCAACCGCGCUGGCGGUCCAGAAAAUACCCAAGAGCGUCCACAGAACUGGUAUCAAUCGGCUCAUCCACGAACAGCGAACGGAAAUGGACACGGUGUGCAUGAGGAGGAGUUGGCCGAUGAGCUGCUGCAUAAGGAAGAUGAUCACGACUAUCUCACCGUAUCCGACUAUCCACCACAUCAGGACCACGAGCAUGAACACGAGCAUGGACAUGAACACGAUCCUGAGCAUGAUCAUGAACAUGAUCAUGGGCUUGACCACAUUGAUGACCAUUUGGAGGACAAUGAGGAUAGUGACAAAUUUUAUGGCCACGUAUUUACCAAGGAGCCAAUGAUGCCCCACAAGCACAAUGUCAUGACUGGCUCAGGCACUACCAGCACCGGUGAUACUCCAAAGUUCCGUAACGUUGGUGCACAGGGCGGACGGGGCGAUAUGUAUGUGGUGCGCGAGUCGGAUAGACAGGCCAAUACACGGGGUCGCGAUGGUUUUGUUGCCGGCGCCAGUAACAAGCAAAAGGGCUUUCGGCCAUUCGCCAACCGGGUUGUUGUCCACGAUGAUCCCCGACAGCUGGGCCAGCCCGGCGAUGGCUUCAGCGCACCGCCGUCCACUGGCUGCCACAAUAGCUGCGAGGAGUUGCAGUGGCAGUGCAGCAAUUGUCAGUGCAUCGAAUCAAUUGGCCGUUGCAAUCGCGAGGUGCAGUGCACCGAUGGCUCCGACGAGUUCGAUUGCGACAAUAUGGAUGACAUGAUGUCCAAGCUGCAGAAGCAGUGCGAGCAGAGCGGACUGCAUGUCAUGUGCCCGAAGACCUAUCGCUGCAUCAAUAAGGAUUGGCUCUGCGACGGUGACGACGACUGCGGCGAUUACUCGGAUGAGACGCACUGCGGCGCACGAACCAACUGCACGGAGGAUCAGUUUGAGUGCCAGAACGGCUUCUGCAUUCCGCGGCAAUGGCUAUGCGAUGGUGAAAACGAUUGCAAGGAUUUUUCGGACGAGGUGCACUGCAAUCGCAGCAGCUGCACCGAUGAGCAUUUCACCUGCAACGAUGGCUACUGCAUUUCCCUGGCCUUUCGCUGUGACGGCGAACGCGACUGCGAUGACAAUUCGGACGAGCUGAAGUGCCCGGCCGUGAUCAACAGCUGCCCGGAGGGUGAGUUCAAGUGCCGUGGUGGUCUCGGCGGGGCCGGUGGACCCAGCGGCCAAUGUAUACUGAAUCGCUUUCGCUGCGACGGCGACAAUGAUUGCGGCGACUGGAGCGACGAGGAGAAUUGCCAACAGAAGCCAUCGCAAUGCACAUCCGGCGAAUACAAGUGUGCGGAUGGCACGUGCAUUCCCAAGCGCUGGAAGUGCGACAAGGAGCAGGACUGCGAUGGCGGCGAGGAUGAGAACGAUUGCGGCAAUAUGAGUCCAGAGCACCCACCGACCUGCGGUCCCGACGAGUUCACCUGUCACAAUGGCCGUUGUAUUUUGCGUACCUGGCUCUGCGAUGGCUAUCCGGAUUGCUCAUCGGCGGAGGACGAGGUGGACUGUCAUUUGCUGUGCGAUGCCGGUCAAUUUCUCUGCCCGGCCAAGAAGAACAUCACAAACCUAAAAAUUUGCGUGCACCAGAAACAUGUCUGCGAUGGCCAAAACGAUUGUCCACUCGGCGAGGAUGAAGUCAACUGUCCCGUAGAGCAGCAAUGUCCCGAGCCCAGGCAGUGCGAGCAGCUGUGCAUCAAAUCGGCUCGAGGACGAGAUGAAUGCGCCUGCCGUUUGGGUUAUCUAAUGAAUGCGAAUAAGCGCAACUGCACGGACAUCGACGAAUGCCAAUAUCUGACAAGCCCCGUCUGCUCACAGAAGUGCCACAACACGCUGGGCUCGUUCGUGUGCUCCUGUGAGAUGGGCUAUAUAUUGCGGCCGGACUUGCGCACCUGCAAGGCGCUGGGCGGGGCGAUGACGCUGCUCGUGGCCAACCGAUGGGAUAUACGGCGCGUGACGCUGAGCAACAAUCGUUAUAUGGCCAUAGUGAAGGGGCUGCACAAUGCAAUUGCCUUGGAUUUUCAUUAUCGCAAGGGUCUUAUGUUCUGGUCCGAUGUCUCCACCGAUGUGAUCAAAAUGGUAUACAUCAACGGAACACGGGUUCGCGAUGUUAUCAAGUGGGGAUUGGAGUCGCCGGGAGGUAUUGCCGUCGAUUGGGUGCAUGAUCUUUUGUUUUGGACAGACUCGGGCACUCGGCGCGUUGAGGUCUCAAAUUUUCAGGGUAAUUUGCGUACGGUAAUUGCUUCAAGCGACUUGGAUAAGCCGCGUGCCAUUGUCAUACAUCCGGGCGAGGCCCUGGCAUUCUGGAGCGACUGGGGACCCAAUCCGAAGAUCGAACGCGCCCACAUGGAUGGCUCGCAGCGACAAGUGAUUAUAUCGAAGGGUGUCACCUGGCCCAAUGGCCUGGCCAUCGAUUAUCCCAAUAGCAAAAUAUAUUGGGCCGAUGCCAAGCAGCAUGCCAUCGAGUGCUCCAACCUGGAUGGCAGCGAGCGCAACAAGGUGCUUAGCACACAUCUACCUCAUCCGUUUGCUCUAACCAUCUUCGAGGAUACCAUGUACUGGACCGACUGGAACACAAAGACUGUCUCGGCUGCAAACAAGAUAACCGGAAAAGGCUUUCGAUCGGUGCACGAGAACUUUCACUUCCCCAUGGACAUACACGCCUACCAUCCGGCACGGCAGCCAGACUAUCAGGAUCGUUGCCAGAAGGACAGACGUGGCCUGCGCGGCGGCUGUUCCCAUUUGUGUCUGCCCAACAAGACAUCCCGCCGCUGCGGCUGUCCCAUCGGGCUCUCGCUCAAGGACGAUGGCAAGACAUGCAAGAGCGCACCAGACAAGCUUGUGCUGGUCGCGCGGCGCAAGGACAUUCGCCUGCGCCAGCUAAACAGCAAACCCUCCGGUCCGAACGAGGUCGACAUGAUUGUGCCCCUGGAUAACCUAAAGCAUGCAGUUGCUCUGGACUGGUGCAGCGAAACCGAUUUUAUCUACUGGACCGACGUGGAGCGUAGCUCCAUCAAUAAGGCCCAUUUAAAUGGCAGCUAUCAGCAGCGCGUCGUUCACUCGAAUUUGGUCUCGCCCGUUGGCCUGGCACUCGACUGGAUCACCGAUAAACUGUACUGGACGGAUCCCUCAACGAAUCGCAUCGAAGUGGCCACCACAAAUGGCAAAAUGCGCACGCUGCUUGUCUGGGAAAAAUUGGAUAAGCCGCGCGAUAUUGUUGUCAAUCCAAUAGAUGGUCUUAUGUUCUGGUCGGACUGGGGUGAAGAGGCAAUGAUCGAAAGAGCCAAUAUGGACGGUGCCAGUCGUGUCAUAAUAGCGUCCAAGAAACUCAUUUGGCCCAAUGGACUCGCCAUCGAUUAUGAUCAACACAAACUGUACUUUGUCGACGGCGGAACCAAAACCCUGGAGAACAUGAACUUUGAUGGCAGCAGCCGCAAGGUUAUAAUCAAUGGACUGGGCCAUCCCUUUGGACUGGAUGUGAGCGGUGGUCGUGUGUACUGGACCGAUUGGGAUACCAAAUCGGCGAUGAGUGCCGAUAAAAUGACGGGCAAGAGCGUCGCCACGGUUAUCGCGAACACCAGUGACCUAAUGGAUAUACGGGUCUUCCAUCGGAUGCGACGGCGGGUUUACAACGCGUGUGACAAGCAAAAUGGCGGCUGUUCCCACCUUUGUCUCCUGAAUCCAACUAGCUUCACGUGCGCCUGUGCCGUUGGGGUGCAGCUAAGGGAAGAUGGUCGUACGUGCUCGGAGGGUCCUUCUAAAUACAUUCUCUUUGCCCAUCGCAUCGAUAUCAGACAAAUCUCGUUAGACUUUGACCAUCUUAUCGAUGUGGUACUCCCAUUGCCGCCAAUCUCCAAUGCAGUUGCUCUCGAUGUUGACCAGAAGACGGGCUAUAUUUUCUGGUCAGACACCAUUGAGAAUGUAAUCAUGAGCUCCAGUCCCGAUGGCUUGCAUGUGCAUAAGGUGAUCGGCGAAAGCCUGGAGAAUCCGGACGGACUAGUUGUCGACUCCAUUGGGCGCACAAUAUAUUGGGCCGACGCAGGUCGUCACACAAUUGAAGUGGCCACCCUUGAGGGCAACCAUCGACAUGUCAUUGCGUAUAAGGAUCUAGAAUCACCGCGUGGAUUGGCCCUCGACUAUGAGGCUGGUCUACUCUUUUGGACCGACUGGGGACACUAUCGGAAGAUCGAGCGUUCACACCUGGACGGCAACGAGCGCUCUCGCAUUGUGACCGCCAAUUUGGGCUGGCCAAACGGGCUCUCACUGGAUCUGAAGACCAAACGCAUCUACUGGGUGGAUGCGCGCCUCAAAACCAUAGAUUCAUGUGACUACACGGGCAACCAGCGCAAGUUGAUCAUGUCAUCCCUACACCAUCCCUAUGCACUGGCACUCACCGAGGACUUCAUCUAUUGGACCGACUGGAAGUCCAAGGCCCUGCACAUGGCUGAUCGACGUAACACAAGCGCUAAGCGCGACGUCAUGACCAACAUUGAUGGGUUAAUGGACAUUAAAGUGAUUGUUAAGCAUCAACUGAUGACGGAGAAUGUUUGCGGUCACAACAACGGCGGCUGCUCGCAUCUCUGCCUGCGUAAUCCUGCGGGCUUUACAUGCCAGUGCCCCACUGGACUCAGGUUGCGCGAGAAUAGUACAACGGAAUGCCAAAAUUUGCCAGACGAUUAUCUACUGAUUGCGCUGCGCUCGGGCAUCGGCAUGAUCUCUUUGAAUAGUGGGGACUACAUGGACGUGGUGCUGCCUAUCAAUGGAGUACACGGAGCUGUUGUCCUGGACUAUCACUAUCGCAACAAUUGGCUCUUCUUCGCUGAUGUCAAUCUGGACGUCAUUCGCCGCGUGAAUCUGCUUAAUUUCACCGACAGCAAAGUGGUGGUCAGCACCGAGCUGCUGACACCAAAUGGCAUUGCAGUUGACUGGAUUGCCGAUAAUCUCUACUGGUCGGACACGGAUCGCAAGCUGAUUGAAGUGGCACGCCUCGAUGGCAGCUGCCGCAAGAAGCUCAUCACAGACGAUUUGGGCGAUCCGCGCUCUCUUAUCGUGCAUCCCUCCAAGGCCUAUCUUUUCUGGUCGGACUGGAACUCACCGUCGAAAAUCGAACGCAGUAUUUUGGAUGGCUCAAAUCGCACAGCGAUUGUGACAUCUGGCAUUGGUUUUCCCACGGGCCUAACCAUCGAUUUUACCAAUCGACGUUUGCUUUGGGCCGAUGCGCUUGAGGACAAUAUUGGCCAGGUUGAUUUCAAUGGAAAACGCCGUCAGACUAUUGUGCCGUAUGCCCCACACCCUUUCGGCCUGACCAUGUUCGAGAGCAACAUAUACUGGACCGAUUGGUACAACAAGUCCGUGUACCGCUCACAGCGGGUACCACGCAUGGGCUAUAGUUAUCCAUUCGAGGUGCGCGACGCUCUGAGCGGUGCGCUGGACAUACGCGCUGUCUCGCUACAGCGCCAGGCAAAGAGCUGGAAUCAGUGCGCCCAGGAUAAUGGCGGCUGUUCGCAUCUGUGCUUCUACCGUGCCGUCGAUUAUGUGUGCGCCUGUCCGGAUCGGAUGGAGAGCGAUGGACGCGCAUGCUCUACCACGCCCAAAGAGAUGGUCCAGGCACGCCUCGAGAGCGAUCAACCCGAUUACUCGGACGAGCUGACAGAUGACACCGGAUCAACUGAGAACCAGAAUAACAAUAACCAGCUCGACGAUGACAUCAAGAACAAGGAGAACAGCGAGCGCGAGUUCUUUGUGCUCGUAGCGCUCGGCGUUGUCAUUGUGAUGGUCAUCAUCAUAAUGCUAGUUAUAUUCAUGCUCGCUUUUAAUACAAAUCGCAAAAAGGCGAAGCGCAACUCACGAGGAUCCAGCCGCUCAGUACUGACCUUCUCCAAUCCUAACUAUAACGUGGACGGCACACCUAUGGAGCCUAAGACAAACAUCUGGAAACGUUUCAAAUACGACAAAUCGCACGAACGCACCGGAGUGUACGAGGAGCGCAGUCUAACCACAGAAACUGCCUCGUCCAGCCUGUUUGUGCCAACGCCAUCGCCGAUGGCUUCGCCGUCGACAAAGACUAUGCAACUGACAACGCUCUCGACUAUCACAUAAACUGAAAAGACGUUACAUAACUCAGAGAAACAUUAAGAGCAUUAAAAAAAACAUCCCUACAUAAUUACUAAUACCAUUUUGUUACUAUGAGAAUGAGAUAUUGAUGACUAAGAUGAUCAAGAUGAUGAUGAUGAUGAUAAUGAUGAUGAUGAUGGUGAUGAAACUGAUGAAUGAUGAUGUAUGUAUAGAGCUGAGGAACUGAUCUGCUCAGAUUCUUUGGUUAUUAUUGGGUUAGGUGUUAUGCUUUGGAAAAGGCAUGUAUAAGUAAAUACUUAUAGAUGAUCUGCCUAACUGGCUGUGUAAUAUUAUUGAAGCUAAGUAAAGACAUAAGGCCUGUUACAGACGUCGAUUUUGAUAUAUACCCUUAUUCAAUUCUAUUUUGAGAGUCAGCUAUUUAUGCCGUGAUUAUACUUGCCCAAAACCAAAUAUAGAUGAUAUGAAUGUAUGUAUGGUAGUCGAAGUCCUUUCAGUAGCAGUAUGUUAUAUGUUAGAGCAUGAUAUAUAUAUAUCGAUUGAUACUAUAUGCACUUAUCUGUACCUAUAUCUCUAUCUGUAAUGCAUACAUAACCUAACAAAAAGUGUGUACACACUCACAUCUGUAAAUAUACUGAACGGAAAGAAGUUCUUUUUGUUAAGAAUAAUAUACAAGUAGGUCAUACAGCCUAAUGGGACCGAGUUUUGUGGGGCGACAAGAAAAGAAGAGAACAGCUAGUGUGUGAAUGGAGCAGAGCUAUAGAACAAAAGGUGUUUCAGUAUAUAGUACAUUAUUUAGUGGUUCCUCUUUCAUUUUUAACAUUAGUCUGGGGCUAAUUCAAGAGCUAUUUGUUCAAAUGAAAAUUAAGUAAAUUUCAGUUUAAAAAAAUAUUAAAAAAAACAGAUCCAACAAAAAAAAAAACUAAAACCAAACUCAAAUGUGAACUUUUAAAGAUUUGCAUUGUUUCCCUCUAGUUUUCAUUCUUUUCAUUCCUUUCCAAUACUGGUUAAACUGGAUUCGUAACAAAUAUCGACAAAAUGAAAGGCGGGUGGAAAUUUGUAUAAAAUGAAAGUUUGCAACACAGUUGCAGCAAUGAAUUGUAAAUGUUAGUAGUACGCAAGCAAGUAUUAUCACGUUAUAAAUGUGACUUAAAUCGUUAAAAAUCGUCUGGGCAACAAAUUGUAAUAUAAUUCACACUUUGGUUUGCUUAAAUAAAAAAAAAAUCUGUAGAUACACAAAUAUAUCUACAAAUAAUUGCUUUAUGUUUAAGGCCUUUCAUUCGCCAUUCAAUAGAUUUAUAUAUAUAUAUAUAUAUAUAUAUGGAAAUUUAUUAUUUGUAUGCGCCUUCAUAAUAUGAUUAGAGUUCAAAAACAUUUUAGUUUCUUAUAUUUUGUAUUUCUUCAGUUUUAACUCCCUGUGAGUGUUGGCCGACCGAUUCACCGUGCAAUAAUGACAAAAUUUCACACAUAGCUUAACCACAAAAAUUGGCAGAGAGUAAACUAGUACAAAUUUGUGUACAUAUACUUAUGACAGUCAGUGUUGCCAAUACAAAUGAGAAAGUCAACAUAAUGUAAUAUUUUUAACAAAUGAUUGCCUUUAUGAAAACUACAAGAAAAUCAAAAAUUACAACUGAUUUUAAAAAAUGAAACACACACACACUUUCGAAUGUUUAUACUUUACUGUUAACAUUUUAUGUUAAUUCUGCUGGCACUAAUAUUUAUAUUUUUAUGUAUUCUGAAUACAAAAAUAUGAAAAUGGCGACACUGCAACUAUGAGCAAACAAGAAAACAAAAACAAGAUAACAAAAACAAGAAAACAAAAAAAAGAAAACAAAAAAAAAAAAAAACAAGAGCAAAAAAACUCAACAAAUACUAUACAAACUGGUUUUAAUCUUCCAUUGUUCAUGCAUAUGGAAUUUUUCAACACUAGCAAUCGCGAUUUUAUCAAGUUCAGCGAAAGUGGAAUUGAUUGGUGUUUCGGAAAUCAAAAAAAAAA